AUGCACUAUGGGCCUACCUACCGGUUGGAGAUAGAAAAUGCCAAUUGGCAUGAGCCCCUUUCGGUUGGUCUAUGGCAAAGCUUCUACCUACCGGUGGAGAUAGAGCACAAGGCAUAUUGGGCCGUCAAGGAGUGCAAUUCAAGUUUGGGAGGGGCCGGAAUUAAGAGAAAGCUACAACUAGUGGAAUUGGAAUGUUUGAGGCUAGAAGCUUACGAGAACUCAAGACUUUACAACGAAAGGAUGAAAGCCGUGCAUGAUAAGAAUAUACAAGGAAAGGAAUUUAGAGCUGGUGACCUAGUCCUCCUCUACAAUUCAAGAUUGAGGUUGAUGCUCGGAAAGCUAAGGUCUAGAUGGGAAGGACCUUAUUGA